GUGUGGUACUCGAAUACCGGAAGUAAAGCACAUAUAAAUACUAAGGACGCUGCGUUCUAGAUAGUUUUUCUCCAUUUUUGCCAUCUUCACUUUGAAUUCAUCUAAAACUGGAAGUGUAAACAUGUCUACUGAAAAGAGCUUCGCCAAAGGCAGUGCUGCACCUUGUGCGGUGCCGAAAGACUGCAUCAGACUCUACAGUAUGAGAUUCUGCCCCUUCGCUCACAGGGCCAGACUAGUCCUCAGUGCCAAAGGCAUCAAGCAUGAGACAAUCAAUAUCAACCUGAAAGACAAACCCGACUGGUUCCUCGAGAAAAACCCUCUCGGUCUUGUCCCCACACUGGAGACCCCUGCUGGUGAAGUGAUAUAUGAAUCUCCCAUCACCUGUGAAUACCUGGAUGAAGCCUACCCUGAGAAGAAGUUGCUUCCUUCCUCUCCCUAUGGUAAAGCUCAACAAAAGAUGAUGCUGGAGCAUUUUUCAAAGGUAACUCCGUAUUUCUACAAGAUCCCAACAGGAAGAAAGAAUGGUGAUGAUGUGUCAGGGCUUGAGGGUGAACUGAAAGAGAAAUUUGCCAAAUUAAAUCAGGAUCUGGUUAACAAGAAGACCCAGUUCUUUGGGGGUGAUUCCAUCACUAUGAUCGACUACAUGAUGUGGCCGUGGUUUGAGAGGCUUGAGAUCUUUGACCUGAAACACUGCCUUGACAACACACCUGAGCUGAAGAUGUGGACUGAGCGCAUGAUGGAUGACCCGGCUGUUAAAGCCACCACACACAGCAUAGACACCUACAAGGCCUUCUUCAAGAGCUACGUGGAUGGGAAACCCAACUAUGACCUGGGCUUGUAGAAAAAACACUUUGAGCAAUAUAACUUUAUUGCAUAUGUUUCUGUUGAUGUUAUUCAGAGAAACGUACUUAGAAGUGAGGUCAAUAUUGCCAAGCUAGUUGCAUUAGCAACAAAAAAAAACUCAAAUCAAAUAUGCUGAUAAUUUACUUUGUUCACCAGGUUUUUCUUCACUGGGCUCUGUGUGCUUUUCUAUGAGUCAUCUGACUCACCUAAAUGUUGCAAUCACUCGAACCCUACGUCAGUCAAGAGGAGCAGCUUGUUACUAGAAGAGAGAUGUUAAUUUUGGAAAACAACAAGUUUGGCUGCUUCUACAAGAUCUGUAAUACACACACGAGGUGUGUAUUACAGAUUAUUUUAAAAUAUAUUGAAGCAAACAUCUAAAUAAGAAAACAUUUUUAUUCACAUUUCAUAUUAGCCUCAUAGCAUAAUUGCCCAAGUCAUAUUUUAAGGUUUUCAGAAAUAAAGAAAAAAAACAUAUCUUGGCAAAGAGGAUUUUUUUUAUACUCCAACAGUAAGUUCCACUAACCUUGCAAAGCAGAUGGAUAUGCCCUUUUCCAUGUUUCUCACUGGACGUGUGAAACAGAUCCAACUGACAUGCCAGGUUUAAGUUCUACCAGAUGUGUGAAAAAGUUUCUUAAAAAAGAAAAGCCACAACAAGGACUAAAUAACAAAUCAAAGUGACUUAAUGGAUAAUACUAUACGACUUAGGCAUAUAGUGAUUAUGGACUGUAACAAGCACUCUGAUUGGCUGAGGAUAAAGACAAUAAGGCACACUGAAUCAGUAGCAUUAGGAGGGUAGAGUUAGGCAGAUAUCACAAUUUGUUCAAAAAAUGACUUUGGCAAUUAUGCUGUUAGGCUAACAAUAUAUUUUCUAUAAAUGUGGAAAAAUGUUAUUAUAAUGCCAUUGAGACUCUAUGGGUUAAAUGUAACUCUCUUCCACUAUUUUUUCCAACGCUUAGCACUUAUGUUGAUCAUUUUUGUAGUUGUCAUGACUCUGGCCACAAUCUGGAUUUUCUGUGUGUUAGAAUAAAAAAAAAAAAAGACA